AUGGGCAAGCGGGUGGCCGAGCUGGCACUGCAGCACAAGGAAGACAGCAACUUCCUCUUGGCCAAUGCUCAGGUGCAUCGUGGCUUCCCCAUUGUUUACUGUUCAGACGGAUUCUGUGACCUCACUGGCUUUGCCCGGACAGAAGUCAUGCAGAAGACCUGCAGCUGCCGUUUCCUCUACGGCAGCGAGACCAGCGAGGCUGUUAUGCAGCGUAUCGAGAAAGUCUUGGAAGGGAAACAAGAAUACCAAACUGAAGUCUGCUUCUACAAGAAGACUAAUGCUCCCUCUAAGCUGUGGACCUUUUGGUGCCUGCUGGACAUCGUACCGAUCAAGAAUGAGAAAGGUGAAGUGGUUCUUUUCCUCUUCUCCUUCAAGGACAUCACCGAGAACCAUGGAAGGAGCCACUCCAAUGAAAAAAAGGAGGAAAAGCACAGGUGUAAGAAGGCGGGGAGUUCCCACUUGCGGGCAGCCAGGAGGCAAAGUCGAACUGCUCUGCACCACCUUGCCAGCCAGUUCACCAGAAAGGACCGGACGGAGAUGAAGAUGAACAGCGAUGUCUUUGAAAACAAGCCCUCGGUGCCAGAGUACAAAAUUGCCUCGGUACAGAAGUCGCGCUUCAUCCUUCUCCACUACAGCAUCUUCAAGGCCUUGUGGGAUUGGCUUAUCCUUCUGGCCACCUUCUAUGUGGCUGUGACCGUUCCUUACAACGUUUGCUUCACCGACUCCGACGACAGUUUGGCGACCGCCCGCAGCACCAUUGUCAGUGAUAUCGUCGUGGAGAUGCUCUUCAUCGUGGACAUCAUCCUGAACUUCCGGACUACGUAUGUCAGCCAGUCGGGCCAGGUGGUUUAUGAUAGCCGGUCCAUCUGCCUCCACUACGUGGCUACGUGGUUCUUCGUGGACUUGAUUGCGGCCUUGCCCUUUGACCUCCUGUAUGCCUUCAAUGUCCCAGUGACCUAUCUGGUACACUUGUUGAAGACGGUGCGCCUCCUCCGCUUGCUUCGUCUGCUCCAGAAGCUGGACCGCUACUCGCAGUACAGUGCCAUGGUCCUCACAUUGCUCAUGUCCAUGUUUGCCCUCUUGGCGCACUGGAUGGCCUGCAUCUGGUACGUCAUUGGCCGGAAGGAGAGCCAUGACCCAGUGACCUGGGACAUUGGCUGGCUGCACGAACUGGGCAAGCGGAUAGAAGCCCCAUACCUCAACAGCUCCGUGGGCGGACCGUCCCUCCGUAGCGCCUACAUCGCUUCGCUGUACUUCACCCUCAGCAGCCUGACCAGCGUGGGCUUUGGCAACGUCUGCGCCAACACGGAUGCCGAGAAAAUCUUCUCUAUCUGCACUAUGCUCAUUGGUGCUCUGAUGCAUGCUGUGGUCUUUGGCAAUGUGACAGCCAUCAUCCAGCGUAUGUAUUCACGGCGCUCCCUGUACCACACCCGCAUGAAAGACCUCAAGGAUUUCAUCCGCGUUCAUCGCCUGCCCCAGCAGCUCAAGCAACGCAUGCUGGAAUACUUCCAGACCACGUGGUCUGUCAACAACGGCAUCGAUGCCAACGAGCUCCUGCGUGACUUCCCGGAUGAACUGCGAGCGGACAUCGCCAUGCACCUGAACAAGGACAUCCUGCAGCUGCCGCUUUUCGAGAGCGCCAGCCGAGGCUGCCUGCGUGCCCUUUCCUUGCACAUCAAAACCUCCUUCUGUGCCCCAGGAGAAUACCUCCUCCGCCAGGGGGACGCCCUGCAAGCCAACUACUUUGUCUGCUCCGGCUCCCUGGAAGUCCUCAAGGACAGCAUUGUGCUGGCCAUUUUGGGUAAAGGGGAUCUCAUCGGGGCUGACCUGCCCAGCAAAGACCAAGUGAUCAAGACCAACGCGGACGUCAAGGCACUGACUUACUGCGACCUCCAGUACAUCAGCCUGCGUGGGCUCUUUGAGGUGCUGGAGCUGUACCCCGAGUAUUCCGCCAAGUUCAUGGCCGACAUCCACCAGGACCUCACCUUCAACCUGCGCGAGGGCAGCGAGAUUGAGGGACUCCUCCGAUUCUCCAGGUCCCCGCGUUUAUCCCAGCCUCAUCCUGAAAGUGGUGCUGCCCCUGAGAAGCCCCUGCCAUCCAUCCAGGAGUACAGUGAGGAUCCGGAGGACUUCUUCCAGCCCUCACCAGCCACCAUCACUCGCCGUAAACUCCUGCUACCCAACCUCAAUAGCCCGGUGAGGCGGGGCUCCCUCAGCAGCCUGCUGGGGGACGACCUGCGCCAGUUCUCAGCCUUGCGGCGGACUUGUCGGUCCCCGGCCCGCUACAGCCAGGGCCGCAGCCCCUCCCCACGGUGCCGCCGGGAGGAACGCCUCUCUGAUAGCGAGAGCAGCGGUGGUCGGAAACCUGACAAACUCCUCAUUCCGUCCCUCGUGAACUAUGGACCCCCAAACCUCAGCCCCAGAGUCGUCGAUGGAAUUGAAGAUGAUGGUGGGGCAUCGGAAUCGCAAACCUUUAGUUUCAACAUGGACCAGACCCCACAGAGCUCAGCCCAAGAGCAUGCAGUGUCAGGGAUGGAACCAGCCAACCUGGUACUAGCUGCAGAAUCCGAGGAGAUAAAGCAGAGCAUCAGGAAGCUCAAUCAAGAGAUCAGCCACCUGAACCAGGAAGUCUCCCACCUGAGCCAGGAGCUGCAACUUCUGAUGGGCCUCCUUCAGAACCAGCUGACCACUCUGUCCUCUUCCUCCUCCGCCUCCGCUUUCGCCUCGACCCGUCCUCCUAGCAGUGGCCAGACCUCGCCCUCCCUGCCCCCUGUAAGCGGGCAACCAGCACACCAGCCUUCAUCUCAGGCCUCGGUUUCCAAGCCGGCGCCCAGCCUUCCCACUUCUGCCAGCACAGACUUUUCCGCCUCCUCCGCCUCCUUGCCUUCUGCCGCCUCCCCGUGCACGGGGCAUUGGGGAUCCCAGGAGCGGCUGGGUUGCGCCUCCUGUGAUCCCGCGGGCCCCUCCCAUCAAUACCAUUCACCUUGGAUGGACACCGGACAAGGCAGCCACCGCGGACAGAUGGCCAGUAUGACUUCUUCUCAUUCGAGCUCGCCCGUGCUGUGUCCAGUGACCUCUCUCUCUCCCAGGAACUCUUUCUCAAGCUGCUCGGGACAGGGCUGCCCUCCGUCACACUUCCAUUUCCGAUCCAGCUCGGAGACCUUCCACUGA